UCUGUAAACUCUCGCUAACUUCAUCCUACACGAUGAGUAAACCCGCGGGAUCAACAAGUGGAUGUCUAGAUAUUCUCAGCGUCAAAUCGAGCCGCAUACUGGACAUCCCGUGCAAAGUGUGUGGAGACCGCAGCUCGGGGAAGCACUACGGGGUUUACGCAUGUGACGGCUGCUCAGGCUUCUUCAAGAGGAGCAUCCGCAGAAACAGAACCUAUGUCUGUAAAUCCGGCUCUCAGGGCGGCUGUCCCGUGGACAAGACGCAUAGGAACCAGUGUCGCGCGUGCCGCUUGAAAAAGUGUCUGGAAGUGAACAUGAACAAAGACGCCGUGCAGCACGAGAGGGGCCCCCGCACGUCCACUAUCCGCAAACAGGUCGCCCUAUAUUUCCGGGGCCAUAAAGAGGUGAACGGCUCAUCGCCCCAUUUCCCGGGAUCCGCUCUGCCAGGCCCCCCCUUCUUCACCACCGUCACGCAACUAGAGCCGCACAACCUGGAGAUGAGCGCGGUGGGCUCCACGCCAGAGAGGCAAGCCAUCGUGGGCCUGGCACAGCCCACACCAAAGUACCCCCAUGAGGUGAGCGCCACCCCCAUGUACCUGUACGAGGUGGCCACAGAGUCUGUGUGUGAGUCUGCUGCACGUCUACUUUUCAUGAGCAUCAAGUGGGCUAAGAGUGUCCCUGCCUUCUCUACGCUGCCAUUGUCCGACCAGCUGAUUUUGUUAGAAGAUGCCUGGAGGGAGUUGUUUGUCCUCGGGAUAGCGCAGUGGGCCAUUCCUGUAGAUUCUACGACUCUACUGGCUGUUUCUGGGAUGAACGCGGACAACACAGACUCCCAGAGGCUGAAUAAGAUCAUGUCAGAGAUCCAGGCUCUUCAGGAGGUCGUCACACGCUUCAGACAGAUGAGGCUCGAUGCCACAGAGUUCGCCUGUUUGAAAUGUAUUGUGACCUUCAAAGCUGUUCCCACGCACGGAGCCACCGAGUUAAGAAGUUUCAGAAACGCUAGUGCCAUUGCUGCGCUACAAGACGAGGCCCAACUAACGCUGAACAGUUACAUACACACAAGGUAUCCCACUCAGCCGUGUCGCUUUGGGAAGCUGCUCCUCCUCCUCCCCUCUCUCCGCUCCAUCACGCCAUCCACCAUCGAAGAGGUUUUCUUCAAGAAGACCAUCGGCAAUGUGCCCAUCACCAGACUGCUCUCUGACAUGUACAAGUCCAGUGAUAUAUGAAGCACUCACAAAAGACUGAAAGAGGCUUGAAUAUGGACAGUAAGCUUCCAUACAAAGGGACACAUCUGAGCACACAAUCUCUAUAGAACCAUUUUGCCUAAUAGGCUCCACUGAAACAAAACUCGAAAGACCUUAUUGACUGAAGUAGCCUUUAACAGAUGCUCUAGUAAAGAUUAGUUUAUAACUUUCAGUACAGACAUUUGUACCAUAUUGAACAAAAAUGCAAUCUUGGUAUAGACAAAGUGAAAGUCUACCAUGUAAAAUAUAUUGUAGGGAGUAUGUUUGACAAAGAAAUGUUUUAUCUUUUGUGUCUAUGAGACCAAUGAUCUUGACCAAUUCAAUCUUUAAUUGCUAUAUUCAAUCCCAAUGGAGCAAACCAAAAAGAGUACAACAUGGGGAUGUGAGCUGCUGUCUCUACGUGGGGCUGAAACCAAACUAGAUUUAACAGACUACAAACUUGUGCAGGUUCUGAAAUGCAUCCUGUGUAACACUGAUUUAAAGAUGUGGUAAAUAUGUAGUUCACGCCCCAUUUGAGGCACAGAAGAAAAAUGUGUAAAAGUCGACUUUGUAAAGUUAGACACUAACUGAAAAGUAUAUUCAGCACUUGGAAAUGUGGUUGUGGCCUGUGGUGUUUUUAAUUUUGCUUGUAAAUAUUUGAAGUUAUAACUAUUUAGAGUUGUAACAAUGGAAUAAAAGAGUAAA